UAAAAUGUAAUUUUUCUAAUUUGUUUUGGCGUGCACUUGGACUAUCUUCUUUACUAUCAAAGAAACCAAUCAGUAGACAAUCUCGAUACAGCCAAGUAGUGAAGAUCUAUGUUCACUUCACUUCCUUUCCCCAUCUAGAAAUUUGUAAGUAGAAAGGAAAACACAUGCAGCAUAUUAGUGAAUAGAAAGAGUUUGGGGUAUUUGAUCAAGAGCAUACAUGCAUAUGUAGGAAUAAGGUUACACUAUUUCGUGGUUUGAUUUGUAAGAUAGUUAAGUUGAGUUCACAUGGCGAUCUCCACAGCUAAGGGAAGCAGAAACUUGGAAGCUGUCACUCCUCUUCUGGUCAGGGAUGAUGAUGAAGUGCUGGAAGGUUAUGUGGAUUACAGGGGCUAUCCGUCUAAGCGAUCCAAAUCAGGAGGGUGGAGAUCAGCAUCUUUAAUCCUAGGUGGUGGAAGUCUUGAGAGGUUUGCAUUUCGCGGGAUAGAAUGCAAUCUCGUAAACUAUCUGACGGGGCCGCUUGGACAGUCCAUGGCAAUUGCAGCUGGAAAUGUAAAUUUGUGGACAGGUUUAGGAUCCUUGAUGCCAGUUUUUGGAGCAAUAGUUGCCGAUUCAUUUGUUGGCCUCUAUCAAACGAACAUCAUUUCUUCCAUCCUCUACAUCCUGGGACUCGGCUUUUCGACCCUAGCAGUUGCACUUAUUUCAAACAAUCAAGAAACGAGCAGGAUUGCAGCUGUCCCAUCUACUGAACUGCAAGUUUUAUUUUUCGUCUCGCUAUACUUGGUAGCAUUGGCGCAAGGAUAUCAAUCCACCAUACAAGUCUUCGGAGCUGAUCAAUUUGAUCGACAACAUCAAGAAGAAAGCAAAGCCAAUACCUCAUUUUUCAAUUGGUGGCUUUUUGGAUUGUCUUUUGGUGUUGUUUUAGCAUAUCUGAUCUUACCCUACAUUCAAGAAAAUAUAGGGUGGGGAAUUGGUUUUGGAAUUCCAUGUCUAGCAAUGGUAAUUGGGCUCAUCCUACUUUUACUGGGACAUAGAACUUACCGCUUUGCUAUUAGAAGAGAUGAUACAUGCCCUUGCUCGUAUGAAGACGAUCAAGAAGCUUCGCAAAAUAAUCCUCAACAAAUCAUUCAAGCUCACGAGUUUCUCAACAAAGUUUUGCAUGCAAAGAAAGAUGAUACAAAGGACAAUAUCAUCUCAGGUUCCUCCAGGAGUAAGCAUACAGAAGUAAAGAAAACUCUAAAGCUGCUCCCCAUAUGGUCUUCUUGUUUAAUGUACGCAAUUGCCUGGGCACAAGUUCCCACAUUUUUUACCAAGCAAGCAACCGGAGUGGACAAAUCAAUAGGGCAAAGCUUCAAUAUCCCAUCAGCUUCCCUUCGGGUGUUCAUCCCACUUACGACAAUGUGCUGCACUUCAAUAUAUGACCGAGUCUUUGUGCCAUUAGCAAGAAUUGUGACAGAAAAUCCCUCGGGAAUAACGGAAUUCCAGAGAAUAAAAAUCGGGAUGACAAUAUCUGUACUGGAUAUGGUUAUUGCAGCUCUAGUUGAGAAGAAAAGACUUGGAAUUGCUCAAGAAUAUGGUCUAAUUGAUAUCCCAAAUUCAACAGUUCCUAUGAGUUUCUGGUUGUUGGUGCCUCAAAAUAUGUUGUGUUCAAUAGCAUAUGUGUUCACCGUUGUGGGAAUGCAGAAGUUUUUCUAUGAUCAGGUACCUACAGAAUUAAGAAGCAUUGGCCUCUCUCUUUCUUUUGGUGCACUUGGAGUAGGGAACUUCUUAAGCAGCUUGCUCAUAUAUGUCAUUGAUGAAAUAACAAGUCAAAAUGGAAGGGAUAGUUGGUUUUCUAACAACUUGAAUCGAGCACAUCUUGAUUAUUUCUAUUGGCUUCUUGCUGGACUAGGUUUCCUAGGUCUAGUAGCCUUUGCCUUCUUAGAAAAAUCGUUCUCUAAGGAAAAUAUUAGUCUUGAAAGGACUGCUCAAGCAUAAUAGCUAGCCUCUUUUUGCAGAACUUUGAUGUAAUUUG